ACUGCUCCAUGUGCGGGAAAGGGUUCACUUGGGUGGACAACUUCCAGACCCACCAGCGAUUCCACGCAGGGGAGAGGCUCUUCAGUUGCCAUGAGUGUGGGAAAGCCUUCAGCAAUUCCUCCGACCUGCUGAAGCACCGGCGAGUCCACACGGGGGAGAGGCCAUUCAGCUGCCCCGAAUGCGGGAAGGCCUUCAGCGACUCCUCCAACCUGCUGAGGCACCGGCGGGUCCACACGGGGGAGAGGCCCUUCAGCUGCCCAGAGUGUGGGAAGGCCUUCAGCAAUUCCUCCAACCUGCUGGCCCAUCAGCAGGUCCACACAGGGGAGAGGCCCUUCAGCUGCCCAGAGUGCGGGAAGGCCUUCAGUAAAUCCUCCAACCUGCUGGCCCAUCAGCGGGUUCACACAGGUGAGAGGCCCUUCAGCUGCCCAGAGUGUGGGAAGGCCUUCAGCAAUUCCUCCAACCUGCUGGCCCAUCAGCAGGUCCACACAGGGGAGAGGCCCUUCAGCUGCCCAGAGUGCGGGAAGGCCUUCAGUAAAUCCUCCAACCUGCUGGCCCAUCAGCGGGUUCACACAGGUGAGAGGCCCUUCAGCUGUCCAGAGUGCGGGAAGGCCUUCAGCAAUUCCCCCGACCUGCUGAGACAUCGGCGAAUCCACACGGGGGAGAGGCCUUUCGCCUGCCCAGAGUGUGGUAAGGCCUUCAGCAAUUCCUCUGACCUGUUAUCCCACCGGCGGGUCCAUACCAGGGAAAGGCCAUUCAGCUGCCCUGAGUGCGGGAAGGGGUUCACCCGCUCCUCCAAACUGCUGGCCCACCAAUGGGUCCACACCGGGGAGAGGCCGUUUGCCUGCCCCGACUGCGGGCGGAGGUUCACAUUGUCCUGCAACUUGCGGAGGCACCAGCAGGGGCACAAGUGCAUCCAACAAUCAGAUUCCACCAGUGAUGCUGCAGUGGGUCACCCCCAAAGCUGAACCUCCUGCCUAUUCUGACAGUGGGUGCAGUGGGCUUUUGUUGUUUUGUGCUGGACUCACCCUCUUCCCCCCCCCCCCAACACCAC